GGCGUCCUGGCUGGACUCGAUUACCUCCACACGCGGAACCCACCUGUGGUUCAUCGAGACAUCAAGGGCGCCAACAUCCUGGUGGACCUGAACUUUAAUGUAAAGCUUAGCGACUUCGGCUGCUCCAAGCGGGAGGACUUGACCAAGUCCUUCACGACCAUCGGUUCGAUUCCAUGGAUGGCUCCCGAGGUCAUAUCUCAGCAGCAGGGCCACGGGAGGAAGGCGGACAUUUGGAGCAUGGGCUGCGCAGUGCUGGAGAUGGCGACAGCAGAAAAGCCAUGGGGAAAUGAUGCUUUCGAUAACGUGAUGUACGCGCUAAGACAUAUCUCCAUGACCGACGCCAUCCCGCCCAUUCCGGACACACUGGGGGAGGCCGGUGAAGCUUUUGUGCGCUCGU